CCAAAAAACAUAAGGGGGAAAAAAAAAAGAAAAGGGUAUUUAUCUCUGGCUCUUAAUGGAGGUUGAAAUUGCAAUUUGCAAAAUAUCAAAUCGACGAAUCUGUGUUUUAACACGUAGAUUCAGAUUCAUUUUGUAUUGUUUCUCUAUUCAAUGGCUGCGACAACACUCUCACUCUGUUUCUCUUCUUGGGAUCCACAGCACCACCAUCUUCAUCUUCAUCUUCAUCACCACCACCACCACCGCCAUCAUCUCUGCUCCAAUACCCACUUCAUAUCCCAUCAAACGCUCCCUUUCAUUCCCUCUCCUCCUAUUCCCAAAUACCCACUUCCUCUUUUCCAUAAAUCCGACCGUUACUCCUUUAAAUCUUCCUCCUUUCCUUCUCCGUCUUCUUCUUCUUCUUCUUCUUCUUCUUCUUCAACAACUACGACAACUACUACAUCAGCGACAGCACCAGCUUCGUCGUUCCUCGAAGAACCGAGAAGGACAGGUCGAUUCUUGAGCAAUGAAGAAUACGAUAAGCUCAAGUUGCUUGAAGAUUUCGGAUAUUUUCAGGAAUUGGAAUCUGGGUCUUUGUGGGUUCGGGUUAUGAGGGCGGAAGAGAUGGAUAUUACAGUUGAGUUGCUGGCUGAGUCGUUUGUGGAGUCCAUGGUUUUGCCUUCGGCUUAUAUGUCUCUGCUUAGGUUCCUUGUGAAGCAGUAUUUGAUUGAGAGGAGGGCUGCAAUGCCUCAUGCCGUCACGCUUAUUGGGUUUUACAGAAAGAGGAAGAAAGAAGGUGAUAAUGGGGAAGAAGAAGAAGAAGAACAAGAAGAAGAGAGGUUGGCAGGAACUGUGGAGGUUUGCUUUGACAAGAGGGGUGCGAAUGCUUCUCCUCCAACACCUACUCCUCCCAAGAAUUCCCCUUAUAUAUGCAAUAUGGCUGUCAAGGAGCAGCUUCGGAGGAGAGGCAUUGGCUGGCAUCUUCUGAAGGCGAGUGAGGAACUGAUUUCUCAGAUGAGUUCCUCAAGGGAGGUGUACUUGCAUUGCAGAAUGAUUGACACAGCUCCAUUUAACAUGUAUACAAAAGCGGGUUACUACGUUGUGAAAACAGAUAGCAUUUUGAUUUUGUUGAUGUUGCAAAGGCGCAAACACUUAAUGUGCAAAAGACUUCCAGUCUUAAGCAGCCCUGGAGAGUCAGAUAUGUCGGGCUCUGAGGACGAAUGAAUAUCGAAAGCAUAUGUGGAGAUUUCAACAUGUUUUUUGAGAUGUUCAUGCAAAUUGCAUUCAAUAAUAAUCGUCUUUCAAAUUUUAUCCCAUUGUCGCAUUAGAAUGUUUCUUAAUCCCAUUGUCUAUUGGUCCAGGAUUUAUCCAGCAAGGUUGUGAGGAUCAUCCAGCUAGAUUGACUUUUGAAUAGGAGGUCAAUCUGAUGUUCCAGCAACCGUUGGUUGUAUCUAUUAUUUAAAAGGUAGAGACCUGUGUUUUGCAGGUAAUCUCCUCAGGCAUUUUCAUUUCUCACAUGUGACCAUUACUCCUGAUACGGUUACAAAUGCACAGCUUCUAUAAUCUUCUAGACUCCAGUUUUGAAAUAUGUGAGUUACUUUGUAUAUGUUUAAUUUUUAAUAUAUGUAAAUUCUUUUUCCAUACUUCAAUAAUAUACAGCUUCUAGUCUGAAUUUGAAUUUAUUACUGAUUAUCUUCUACAACUUAUAGUGGUUAAAUCUGCUUAUUUCAUGUAAUUCAGAAGAAUGUGAAAUUCAUUGACCUGCCUGUCUAUUUCUUGUUGA